GCGGAGCGCGCCAAAGUGCCAAAGCGGAAGUGCUAAGAACUCUGCAAGCAUUGAGCCCAGCUGAGAGCUAAAUACACAGUUUAACAGGACAAAUGGCUUCUACAAAUAAAAUACCACUGCAGGAAAGAAACCUACCGUGGGUUGAAAAGUACAGACCACAGAAACUUGAUGAUCUGAUCUCACACAAAGAUAUUCUGAGCACCAUCCAGAAGUUUAUCAGUGAGGACAAGCUUCCCCAUCUCUUGUUCUAUGGCCCCCCCGGAACCGGCAAAACCUCCACCAUCCUCGCCUGUGCCAAGCAGCUGUACAAGGAGAAGGAGUUCACCUCCAUGGUGUUGGAGCUAAACGCAUCAGAUGACAGAGGUAUUGAUGUUGUACGAGGUCCCGUUCUGAGUUUUGCCAGCACCAGGACCAUCUUCAAGAGGGGCUUUAAGUUGGUGAUACUGGACGAGGCCGAUCACAUGACCCAGGAUGCCCAGAAUGCAUUGCGGCGAGUGAUUGAGAAGUAUACAGAAAACACUCGGUUCUGUCUGAUCUGCAACUACCUGUCUAAGAUCAUCCCAGCUCUGCAGUCGCGAUGCACCAGAUUUCGCUUCGGCCCGCUGUCCCCGGACCAGAUGAUCCCUCGGCUAGAAUAUGUUGUACAGCAGGAGAGUAUUGACAUAAAUCCAGGUGGAAUGAAGGCCAUUGUGACCUUAUCAUCAGGCGAUAUGAGAAGAUCGCUCAACAUACUGCAGAGCACCAGUAUGGCGUACGGGAAGGUCACAGAGGACACAGUGUACACCUGCACAGGUCACCCCCUCCGCUCAGACAUAGCAAACAUCCUCGACUGGUCACUGAACAAAGACUUCACCUCCGCGUACAAGGAAAUCCUUCAGCUGAAGACGUUGAAAGGUUUGGCCCUGAACGACAUCCUCACUGAGGUUCAUCUGCUCAUACACAGAGUGGACUUUCCUCCAGCGAUUCGGAUUGGUCUGCUCAUCAAGUUGGCUGACAUCGAACACAGGCUCGCCUCAGGAACCAAUGAGAAGAUCCAGCUGAGCUCCAUGGUUGCAGCUUUCCAGGCCGUCAGAGACCUGGUGGUCAGUGAGGCCUCAUAGAUAAAGUAACCGCCGUACGCCACAAAGAAGUUCUGUCUUUCUUGAAUGCAAACCAACGGUGAAGGGGAACCUUUUCAGCAAAUCCCUUGGUGACUACCAUCACUGAUCAGUACACUUUUCAUGAUGAGAAAUAGGCGGCGUCACUUCAGUUGAGCUUAUUUAGAAAGAAAAUAGAUACUCAUAAGUAAUUGCUGCAUGGUUGCCCUCCAGUGCUCAAAAUAAUUGAUGCACAGCAAAGAAACGAAUGCUCUUAACUAUGUUAGUCACUUACAUCUGCAUACAAACUGAGGAAAAUGGAAGGCAGUCGUUUGUUACUCAUAAUAAAAAAGAUGAUCAUUUGGUCACUUAAAAUGU